AUGGCGUCGACGGUGGCAAGCCUCUCUAUUCCGGCGACCACCUUCGCGGCCGCCGAUGUGCUCCCAAGGAGGAAGGCCGCCAGCCGCGUCUGGUUCCCCGUGGCGCGCCGCGGCGGGUUCGCCGUGAGGUCGACCGGGCCAGCGACGCCGCCGGACAUCUCUGACAAGCUGUCGGAGAGCAUCAAGGAGGCGGAGGAGACGUGCGCGGACCAGAAGGGCACCGCGGAGUGCGCGGCGGCGUGGGACAAUGUGGAGGAGAUCAGCGCCGCGGCGAGCCACGCCCGCGACAACCUCAAGGAGAACAGCGACCCGCUGGAGAAGUACUGCAAGGACAACCCGGAGACCGACGAGUGCCGCAUCUACGACAACUAA